GGUAUAAAACCUGUUGCACUAGGAGCAGAAAGCAGACCCUGCCCUGGUGCACAAUGGCUUCGUUUCAUGAAGAGCCCAAGCCUGGAGACCUGAUUGAGAUUUCCCGAAUUGGCUACUCGCACUGGGCCCUCUAUGUGGGCGAUGGUUAUGUGAUCCACCUGGCUGCCCCAGAUGAGUACCCUGGGGCCGGCUCCUCCAGCCUCUUCUCCGUGCUGAGCAGCAGAGGGAAGGUGAAAAGGGAGCUCCUGAGUGACGUGGUGGGGGGCUGCCACUAUCGGGUCAACAACCACUUGGACCACGAGUACUCACCCCUGCCCGUGAACAAGAUUAUCAGUUCUGCGGAGGAGAUGGUCGGUAAGGAGUUGGCGUACAGUGUUCUGAGCAGGAACUGUGAGCACUUUGUCACCGAUCUGAGAUACGGCAAGGCCCGGAGCCCCCAGAUUCGUGAAGAGCCCAAGCCUGGAGACCUGAUUGAGAUUUCCCGCAUCAACUCCUCGCACUGGGCCCUCUAUGUGGGCAAUGGUUAUGUGAUCCACCUGGCUCCCCCAGGGGAGAACUCUGAGGCUGGCUUAGGGGAGGUGAAAAGGGAGCUAAUUGAGCAUGUGGUGGGCAACUGCUCCUAUAAGAUCAACAACCACUUGGACCACCUGUACAAACCAUGGCCCAUACAGGAGAUGGUCAGAUCUGGGAAGAAGAUGAUUGGUAAGAGGAUGGAGUACAGUGGUCUGAGCAGGAACAGUGAGCACUUUGUCACAGAUCUGAGAUACGGCAAGGCCAGCAGCCGGCAGUUUCAUGAAGAGCCCGAGCCUGGAGACCUGAUUGAGAUCCCCCGCAUUGGCUCCUCGCACUGGGCCCUCUAUGUGGGCCAUGGUGAUGUGGUCCACCUGGCUCCCCCAGGGGAGAACUCUGAGGCUGGCGCCCCCACCGGCUUAGGGGUGGUGAAAAGGCAGCUCCUGGUGGAAGUGGUGGGAAACUGCUCCUAUAAGGUCAACAACCACUUGGACCACCUGUACAAACCACGGCCCAUAAAGGAGAUGCUCAGUUCUGGGAAGGAGAUGGUUGGGAAGGAGAUGGAGUACAGUGAUCUGAGCAGGAACUGUGAGCGCUUUGUCACGGAUCUGAGAUAUGGCAAAGCCCGCAGCCGGCAGUUCCGUGAAGAGCCCAAGCCCGGAGACCUGAUUGAAAUUUUACACAUCGGCUACUCACACUGGGCCCUCUAUGAGGGCGAUGCUUAUGUGAUCCACCUGGCUCCCCCAGGGGAGAACUCUGAGGCUGGCGCCCCCACCGGCUUAGGGGAGGUGAAAAGGCAGCUCCUGGUGGAAGUGGUGGGAAACUGCUUCUUUAAGGUCAACAACCACUUGGACCACCUGUACAAACCACGGCCCAUAAAGGAGAUGCUCAGAUCUGGGAAGGAGAUGCUUGGGAAGGAGAUGGAGUACAGUGACCUGAGCAGGAACUGUGAGCACUUUGUCACGGAUCUGAGAUAUGGCAAGGCCCGCAGCUGGCAGUUUCAUGAAGAGCCCAAGCCUGGAGACCUGAUUGAGAUUUCCCGCAUCGGCCCCUCGCACUGGGCCCUCUAUGUGGGCGAUGGUGAUGUGAUCCACCUGGCUCCCCCAGGGGAGAACUCUGAGGCUGGCGCCCCCACCGGCUUAGGGGUGGUGAAAAGGCAGCUCCUGGUGGAAGUGGUGGGAAACUGCUCCUAUAAGGUCAACAACCACUUGGACCACCUGUACAAACCACGGCCCAUAAAGGAGAUGCUCAGUUCUGGGAAGGAGAUGCUUGGGAAGGAGAUGGAGUACAGUGACCUGAGCAGGAACUGUGAGCGCUUUGUCACGGAUCUGAGAUACGGCAAAGCCCGCAGCCGGAAGUUUCGUGAAGAGCCCAGGCCUGGAGACCUGAUUGAGAUUCCCCGCAUCGGCCCCUCGCACUGGGCCCUCUAUGUGGGCGACGGUCAUGUGAUCCACCUGGCUCCCCCAGGGGGGAACUCUGAGGCUGGCGCCCCCACCGGCUUAGGGGAGGUGAAAAGGCAGCUCCUGGUGGAAGUUUUAGAAAACUGCUCCUAUAAGGUCAACAACCACUUGGACCACCUGUACAAACCACGGCCCAUACAUGAGAUGCUCAGAUCUGGGAAGGAGAUGAUUGGUAAGGAGAUGGAGCACAGUGUUCUGAGCAGGAACUGUGAGCACUUUGUCACCGAUCUGAGAUACGGCAAGGCCCCCAGCCGGAAGUUUCGUGCAAAGCCCAAGCCUGGAGACCUGAUUGAGAUUUCCCACAUCGGCUCCUCGCACUGGGCCCUGUAUGUGGGCGAUGGUGAUGUGAUCCACCUGGCUCCCCCAGGGGAGAACUCUGAGGCUGGCGCCCCCACCGGCUUAGGGGUGGUGAAAAGGCAGCUCCUGGUGGAAGUGGUGGGAAACUGCUCCUAUGAGAUCAACAACCACUUGGACCACCUGUACAAACCACGGCCCACAGAGGAGAUGCUCAGAUCUGGGAAGGAGAUGGUUGGUAAGAAGAUGGAGCACAGUGACCUGAGCAGGAACUGUGAGCACUUUGUCACGGAUCUGAGAUAUGGCAAGGCCUGCAGCCGGCAGUUUCGUGAAGAGCCCAAGCCUGGAGACCUGAUUCAGAUUUUUCGAUUUUUCAACUCACACUGGGCGCUCUAUGUGGGCGAUGGUGAUGUGAUCCACCUGGCUCCCCCAGGGGAGAACUCUGAAGCUGGCGCCCCCACCGGCUUAGGGGAGGUGAAAAGGCAGCUCCUGGUGGAAGUGGUGGGAAACUGCUUCUAUAAGGUCAACAACCACUUGGACCGUUUGUACAAACCACGGCCCAUAAAUGAGAUGCUCAGAUCUGGGAUUGAGAUGGUUGGUAUAAAGAUGGAGUACAGUGUUCUGAGCAGGAACUGUGAGCACUUUGUCACGGAUCUGAGAUAUGGCAAGGCCCGCAGCCGGCAGUUUCGUGAAGAGCCCAACCCUGGAGACCUGAUUGAGAUUUCCCGCAUCGGCUCCUCGCACUGGGCCCUCUAUGAGGGCGAUGGUUAUGUGAUCCACCUGGCUCCCCCAGGGAAGAACUCUGAGGCUGGAUCCCCCACCGGCUUAGGGGAGGUGAAAAGGCAGCUCCUGGUGGAAGUGGUGGGAAACUGCUCCUAUAAGGUCAACAACAACUUGGACCACCUGUACAAACCACAGCCCAUAAAGGAGAUGCACAGUUCUGGGAAGAAGAUGGUUGGUAAGAAGAUGGAGUACAGUGACCUGAGCAGGAACUGUGAGCGCUUUAUCACCGAUCUGAGAUAUGGCAAGGCCCGGAGCCGGCAGUUUCGUGAAGAGCCCAACCCUGGAGACCUGAUUGAGAUUCCCCGCAUCGGCUCCUCGCACUGGGCCCUCUAUGUGGGCGAUGGUUAUGUGAUCCACCUGGCUCCCCCAGGGGAGAACUCUGAGGCUGGCGCCCCCACCGGCUUAGGGGAGGUGAAAUGGCAGCUCCUGGUGGAAGUGGUGGGAAACUGCUCCUAUAAGGUCAACAACCACUUGGACCACCUGUACAAACCACGGCCCAUAAUGGAGAUGCUCAGAUCUGGGGAGGAGAUGGUUGGUAAGGAGAUGGAGUACAGUGAUCUGAGCAGGAACUGUGAGCACUUUGUCACGGAUCUGAGAUACGGCAAAGCCCGCAGCCGGAAGUUUCGUGAAGAGCCCAGGCCUGGAGACCUGAUUGAGAUUUCCCGCAUCGGCUCCUCACACUGGGCCCUCUAUGUGGGCUAUGGUUAUGCUGUCCACCUGGCUCCCCCAGGGGAGAACUCUGAGGCUGGCGCCCCCACUGGCUUAGGGGAGGUGAAAUGGCAGCUCCUGGUGGAAGUGGUGGGAAACUGCUCCUAUAAGGUCAACAACCACUUGGACCACCUGUACAAACCACGGCCCAUAAAGGAGAUGCUCAGAUCUUGGAAUGAGAUGGUUGGUAAGAAGAUGGAGUACAGUGACCUGAGCAGGACCUGUGAGCGCUUGGUCAUCAAUAUGAGAUACGGCAAGGCCCGCAGCCGGCAGUUUCGUGAAGAGCCCAACCCUGGAGACCUGAUUGAGAUUUCCCGCAUCGGCUCCUCGCACUGGGCCCUCUAUUUGGGCGAUGGUUAUGUGGUCCACCUGGCUCCCCCAGGGGAGAACUCUGAGGCUGGAUCCCCCACUGACUUAGGGGAGGUGAAAAAGGAGCUCCUGGUGGAAGUGGUGGGAAACUGCUCGUUUAAGGUCAACAACUACUUGGACCACCUGUACAAACCACGGCCCAUAAAGAAGAUCAUCACAUUUGGGAACUGGUUGGUUGGUAAGAAGAUGGAGCACCCGGUUCUGAGCAGGAACUGUGAGCGCUUUGUCACGGAUCUGAGAUAUGGCAGUGCCCUCAACGGGCAGUUGGUUCAAGAUCCCAGACCUGGAGACAUAAUUGAGAUCUCUCAGAGGCUCUACCGUGACUGGGCGCUCUAUGUGGGUGAUGGUUAUGUGAUCCAUCUGACUGCUCCAGGUGAAUCGCGCAGUAUUGGGCCCUUCAACAUGCCUAUGUUUCUGAGAGGCAGGGCUGAGGUCACAAAAGAGCCUCUGCAGAAGGCGGCUGGCGGCUGUUCCUACAAGGUCAACAACCACUUGGACCAUAAGUACAGACCCAGGCCUGUGCAUGAGAUCAUCACUUCUGCCAAGGAGAUGAUUGGUAACCAGAAGACUUACUCAGUUCUCCGCGAAAAUAGCGAACGUUUUGUCGCUGAUCUGAGAUAUGGCUGGCCCCGCCGUGAGUUGUCAAGCGAGGACCCAAUACCUGGAGACCUGAUUCAAAUUGGAGAUGUUUACAAGCACUGGGCUAUCUAUGUGGGAGACGGUUUUGUGAUUCAUGUGAAAUCAGGUGUGUCCUCCGGGUCUAGCUCUUCCGACCUUGAACAUGGCUAUGUAGUAUUACAAGACAUGGUGAAAUGUGAACCUCUGAAAGAAGUGGCAGGGGAUAACACGUACAAGGUCAACAACUUCUGGGAUAACAAGUACAGACCCCGGCCUGUGCAUGACAUUGUCAAUCUGGCGAAGAAGAAAAUUGGUGAAACCUGGAAUGACAAUUUUUAUUUCCCAACUGUGAGCACUUUGUCGCUAAACUGAGAAAUGGCCGCCCUGCAGCCAACAGGCCUAUGGCCAAUCAGGCAGCAUUUCUUGCCCCAGUCUACAGAGGAGGAGCCCAGGCUCAGAGGAGAACAUGGUUUCCGAGCUCAUCAGCAUAGCUUCCGUGACCCCGCAGCCGCCUGCCACCAGGAUGCACUAGGGUCCUCUCGUCCCUAGUUCCACAGCAGCACCGCCCCUCGCCCUCUGUGCUCUCAGCUGCCUGGAUCCCUUCCGAAUACUGAGCUGCCUGUGAAUAGCAGACACCUAAGCUCAAAUCCCAAACCAGCUUCCGGUCCAAUGAGGGCUUUGGACAGGUCACUGCCCCUCUCCGGGCUUUCCUCGUGUGCAGAAUGAAGGGUCAGAAGGAGGACCUGUGAGGGAGGGCCUGGCUGGCUCUGAGCAUAUGCAGUCCUUUACCUCUGAGCUUGGCUCUGAAGGCAGAUCCUGAAAGGUCCUGGGGGUUGUCAGGGAGAGUCUGGAAUGAGCCAGGGUCCGAUAGGAUCACCUUCCCCCCGCAGAGGGCCUCCAGGGCCAGAGCUGCUCAGACAUGAGCUCUUGGGGACACAGUCCACUUCUUUCCUGGGGAAAGGUCUCUGGGGUGGACAGAAGUCAUGUGUCUCUGUGUGACUCGAGAGGGAGGGACUAUCAGUCUUGGACUCCUUUUAACUCUGAGCAAUGCACUGCUCUCCUCCUCAGAGUGGAGUUUCCGAGUCAGCUGGUGCUUCUGUGGCGGUGCCACCAGUCCUGGCUACUUCUUCUCAGUGCUCCCCAGCAACAACAGCUGCUUGAAGAAGCCACUAAACAGUCUCCAGUUAGAGGCCGCUUCAAGGACCAGCUGACCCCCUCUGUGCCCGAUGCUCUCUCCCACUGGCGUUUCCAGGGACUAAUUCUAGCAAGACCAAAGCUUCUUGAAGAAGAAAAUGAAUGAAUCCAGUGAUCCCUUUACCAAAUAUUUCCACAACUUUCCUGCAAACUCAAGAAUCUUUGGAUAUUCUUGAAAUAUUAAUGUUUAUUGCAUGCAAUCCUAUCUAAUAAAAGCCUAAUAUGCAAAUUGUCCCCUCAUCCAGGAGUUUGUCCAGGGGACAGGGCUGGCCAAUGGCCGUGGCCCCUCUCCUUCCAGUGGUGGCAGACAGGUGGGAGAAGGGAGGCCCUGGCCAGCAGCCGCUAGGGACCCCACCUGUGCAUAAAUUUCGUGCACUGGGCCUCUAGUAUUAUUAUAUGUAAAAUCAUUUUUCUUGAAUAAUUGGUGUUUACUGCAUGUAACAUUAUUAUAUUUUAAAUCGUUUUUCUUGAAAUAAAUAAAACUGGAGGGGAAGAAAACUCUUUGGAAGGGAAGCAUCUACAAUUGAGUACCCGUUAGCCACUUCUACUGGCUGAUCUUGAAAAAGACUCUUGAAAUCUGAGCUUCCGUUUCCUCUUCUGUAACAUGGGGGUGAGAGUGGCUGCUUUGCUUGUUUCCUUGAGGUGAUGUAAAUGCCUUAGCACAUUGCUGACCGUCAGCAGACGUUCAAUAAAUUGG